AUGCUUAAAACCUUGUUUCUGGGUAGGCUUGCGCUGGUUGCAAGGCCUGUUCUUGCUUCUGCGCCUGCUACGUCCUACUUGUCAACAAUACGCAACAACAUCCCGCUUUCAACCACAAGUAUUCCAUCUGGCAUAAACAGCUGCCAAAAGAGAUUUGCGACUUUGAACCAAAUAAGAUUCGGAAAACAGGGUUUCCCUGUCAAGGAUAAUGUCCCAAAGGCGCCCCAUUUGCAGGGUAAUCCAUUUAAAAAAGGCGUUGUCGUGAGAGUGAUGAUCUUGAAACCCAAGAAGCCCAACUCAGCUCAAAGAAAGUGUUGUAGAGUAAGACUCUCCACUGGCAAUGUCAUCUCUGCUUUGAUUCCAGGUGAAGGUCAUAACGUUCAAGAACAUCAUGUGGUGCUUGUUAGGGGAGGCAGAGUUCAAGAUCUUCCGGGUGUGAAGUAUAGACUAGUGAGAGGAGCAUUGGAUUUGGCAGGUGUGGCCAACAGAACAACUUCACGUUCCAAAUACGGUGUCAAAAAGCCAAAGGACUAG